CCGUUGCGUCUACGUCUACGCUACGUCAAAAUAUAAAUCCAACUUAAUUUUUGCCACUUUGAACCAGCUGAUUGGUUGCGAUGUGACAGUGACAAGUGACAGUGACAGCCAUUCUUGACGUGGUGGAAAGUUGAAUGGUGGAUAGGUGUGAAAAGUAUUCAUUUUCAAAAAUGAAUUUAUUCUUGAUAUUAUUUUCCGCUAUAGUUGUAUGUAAUGCCCAAGGUCCAACUUUAGUGUUACUCGACAAUCAAGUUAUUAAGGAAACCCAUUCAAUAUUCUUCAGAUCAUUACAAGAAAGAGGCUACACUCUCACCUUUAAAAUAGCUGAUGAUUCCUCCUUACUCUUAUCAAAGUAUGGAGAAUACUUGUACAAGAAUUUAAUCAUAUUUGCCCCUUCAGUAGAGGAAUUCGGUGGCAAUUUAAAUGUAGAAACAAUUACUCAAUUUGUUGAUGAUGGGGGUAAUGUUCUGGUAACAGGAAGUAGCACAACUGGUGAUGUCUUGAGGGAACUGGCCUCUGAGUUUGGAUUUGAGGUUGAUGAAGAUGGAGCAUUUGUAAUCGAUCACCUAAACUAUGAUGUUACCGAUGAAGGUCAGCAUACCAAACUAGUCGUCUCAUCUGAAAAUCUCAUAGAUGCCCCAGUAAUAGUUGGACCAAAAAGAGGAGUAGCUCCUUUAUUAUAUCAGGGUACAGGAAUUCUAGUUGACUCGGAAAAUCCUCUGGUUUUGCCUUUGUUGACAGCUGAUAGCACAGCUUACAGUUUUAAUCCAAACCAACAGAUCAAAGAGUAUCCUCAUGCGGUAGGCAGAGAUGCAGUUCUUAUUGCUGGUCUACAAGCAAGAAACAAUGCCAGAGUAGUGUUCUGCGGUUCUCUGGCUUUCUUUUCUGAUGAAUUUUUCACCUCUUCUCCUAGUAAGGCUCAGGUGCAAGAAUCAUCUCCCAAAUCUGGUAAUGAAGAUGUAGCAACUGCAGUAAGUCAGUGGGUAUUUAAAGAACACGGCCAGCUAAGAGUGAGAUCCGUCAAACACCACAAAGCCGGUCAAAAGGAAGCUCCUCAAGACUAUACUAUCAUGGACAACGUUGUUUACACCAUCGAAAUCGACAUUCUCGAAAAAGGACAAUGGAAACCGUUCACCGCUAACGACAUCCAACUCGAAUUCGUCCGCAUCGACCCUUUCGUCCGCACCACUCUCGAAAGAAAACCCUCCGGCCAAUACGAAGCCAGAUUUAGGAUUCCGGACGUAUAUGGCGUGUAUCAGUUCAAAGUCGAUUACGAUAGGGUUGGAUACACUCGCUUGUUUAGUACCACUCAAGUGUCCGUCCGUCCUCUGCAGCACACUCAGUACGAGAGGUUCAUCACGAGCGCUUAUCCGUACUACACUGGUGCGUUUUCUAUGAUGGUGGGAGUUUUUGUUUUCUCAUUUGUGUUCUUGCAUUUAAAGGACGAUGAGAAGAAGUCGAAGAGUGAGUGAAGCUGUUUAAUAUUUUGUUUUUUACAAGACUUAAUUAUUUAAUAGAUAUUAUGAUAUGA